CUAGUUCUGUGUGACUGCCCCCCCGACUGACUGACAGAAGAAGAAGAAUUCAACAUUUCUUUUUUCUUCAAAAAUUAUUUGGUUUUCAAAAAGAAAAAAAUAUGUUUCUGAAUCAAAUUCAAAUAUAAGUCACGCAAAUUUGUAAAUACCGCUACCAAAGCCAAAUCAGAAGCACAACAUGAACGCGCGCAGCAUCGGCAUGCUGAAAUUGCUCAGACACACCUGGCGCACGUGUCCUCGCCGUUUUGCCACCAAGGUGACGACGCUGGGCGGCGAUGAGAUCGGCAGCGGCACUGGGAUCGGACAGAUCACUGGCGGCAUGCGGCCGAGCGAUGGGCCGCAGAAGGUUAACACGCCGUCCAAGGAGAUUGUCACGCACCUGCCGCCCCUCACCGAUCCAUUGCCCAAUCUGCCGGAGGCCGUGUACGCAGCUCCCCUGGCGGAGAGCGCCAUCACCAAGGUGACCACUUUGCCAAAUGGACUGCGGGUAGCCUCGGAGCCCCGUUACGGACAAUUCUGCACCGUGGGUUUGGUCAUCGAUUCCGGGCCGCGGUAUGAGGUGGCCUAUCCCAGUGGCGUUUCUCACUUCCUCGAAAAGCUGGCCUUCAAUUCCACAGUCAACUUUCCCAACAAGGAUGCCAUACUGAAGGAGCUGGAGAAGAACGGCGGCAUCUGCGACUGCCAGAGCUCGCGGGACACGCUCAUCUAUGCCGCCAGCAUAGACAGCAGGGCCGUGGACUCCGUGACACGUCUGUUGGCGGACGUCACACUGCGGCCCACGCUCAGCGAUCAGGAGGUUAAUCUGGCCCGGCGUGCCGUCAACUUUGAGCUUGAAACGCUGGGCAUGCGGCCGGAGCAGGAGCCCAUAUUGAUGGACAUGAUUCACUCGGCGGCGUACAGGGACAACACGUUGGGCCUGCCCAAGCUGUGUCCGGUGGACAAUCUGGACCACAUAGAUCGAAAGGUGCUGUUGAACUACCUCAAGUACCAUCACUCGCCCAGCCGCAUGGUCAUCGCGGGAGUUGGUGUGGAUCACGAUGAGCUGGUGGACCAUGUGAAGAGGUACUUUGUGGAGGACAAAGCCAUUUGGGAGAGCGAGAGUCUGGACGAUGCUGGACCCAAGCAAGUGGACACGUCCAUUGCUCAGUACACCGGCGGCUUGGUGAAGGAGGAAUGCGAGAUUCCCAUCUAUGCGGCCGCUGGCCUGCCCGAGCUGGCUCACGUGGUCCUCGGCUUUGAGGGCUGCUCCCACCAGGACAAGGACUUUGUGCCGCUCUGCGUCCUAAACAUCAUGAUGGGCGGCGGUGGCUCCUUCUCGGCCGGUGGCCCAGGCAAGGGCAUGUACUCGCGUCUGUACACAAAGGUGCUAAACCGCUACCAUUGGAUGUACAGCGCCACGGCGUACAACCACGCCUACGCCGACACCGGGCUCUUCUGCAUCCAUGGCAGCGCACCGCCACAGCACAUGAACGACAUGGUCGAGGUCCUGACCCGCGAGAUGAUGGCCAUGGCCGCCGAACCAGGACGCGAGGAGCUGAUGCGCUCCAAGAUACAGCUGCAGUCCAUGCUGCUGAUGAAUCUGGAGUCGCGACCCGUUGUGUUCGAGGAUGUCGGCCGCCAGGUGUUGGUGACGGGACACCGGAAACGGCCCGAGCAUUUUAUCAAGGAAAUUGAGAGUGUGACUGCGGCGGACAUCCAGCGCGUGGCCCAGCGCCUCCUGAGUUCCCCGCCCUCGGUGGCCGCUCGCGGCGCCAUUCACAAUCUGCCCGAAAUGAGCCACAUCACCAGCGCGGUCAGUGGUUCCGGACGCUCCGGCCUGGGCCGGCGGCUUUCGCUGUUCAAAUAGCGCUGGAUGUGAGACAACGAUGGCGAUAUGACAGCAGCUUUGUUGGGCUCGUGUUUCGCCAUUUUGUGUACCAAGAGCAUUCGUGUUAAGUUUCAAUUGGCUAAAAAUCUUUACCAAAAUCCGA